CCUGUGUGUACCAUAGUAAAGUUGCAGCUCUCUGUGUGACAAUAUAUUGUGACCUCUCUAUGUGGCAGUAUUGUAUUGUCCCAGUUCUCCUUCUCUGCACACACCUCUCAGUAGCAGACACCUCCUCUGCUGGGUCACUCUCACAAAGCACCUGAAGCAGUUAGUCCCUGAACUGCUGGAGAUAAAAGGCACAAGGGCUACAGGGUAGAAUGAAGAUUUUUAUUCUAUGUCAAUAAAGUUGCUGGUGGAAGUCAGAGCUUAGCGGCAUAAUGGCGUACCCUUACAACGAAGGCUUCGUUAAUGCAGGAUACCAUGAUUCAGAAACACUAGAGAUGGAUAGAGGGCCUAAUAGCCGACAGAAAUCAUCAUUUCACCAAAACCGUUAUUAUGAUGAUAUGGGAUACGGAGAAGAAACCCGCGGAAAUAGGAGCAGUCAGACUGCGCUACCGAUGAAUAAUGUCCAACAGGAGUUUGAUUAUGACCAGUCACCGAGAUACCCUGCUUCAAGGAAUGACCCUUAUAGAGGAGGAUAUGUUAAUUCCAGCUUUCAGCCCGAGCCAGAACAGUACCUUGAUGAAAGACAGGAAAGACCUUAUUACAUAACCGAUUCCAAUAGUAUAUCAGAAGAAGAUGACAGCAAACAAAUCACAGCAACAGCUUCAGUUCACAAAGAAUCGUCAGGCAUUGCCAGGAUGGAUAAUGAGAGAAUUACACAAGCAAAUGAAGAUUUCCUUGAAAAGCUUUCAGAAAUGUCUAGUGAGGAAAUUACCAGAGAAAUUCAGAAGCUACCAACAAAUCUGAAGGAAAAGCAGAAAAUCAGGAAUACUGCUGUAAAGAUGAAAACAAAAGCUUUAAAAAACAUUUCUCAAAAAAACUGCUGUGGAUCCUGUAUGCACUCCACGAAAUUGUCCUGCAAAAAAUCCAAACAGCUUAUUUUAGACGUAUUCAGAUCGAUACAAUUAUGGCGUAAAACGUUGAAAGUCAUUGGUGGCAAGUUUGGGACGAGUAUUCUCUCGUAUUUUGUUUUCAUCAAAUGGCUUUUGACCUUCAACAUCUUCUCGUUUAUUGUGAAUUUCAGUUUUAUAACAAUCCCACAGUUUGUUGAUAUGAGCCCAAAUAACUUAUCAUUUACUGGUCUCGAAUUACUCACAGGCGCGGGGUAUUUUGAACAUACUGUUUUGUAUUAUGGAUAUUAUACUAAUGCUACCAUCAGAAAAGAUGAAACUCUCGCACCCUACAACAUGCAGCUGGCGUACAUAUUUACCAUUGGGCUGUACCUGCUUGCCUGCUUCCUUCUCUUAUUAUACAGCAUGGCUAAAUCAUUUCGGGACAAUUUUAUAAACCCAAGUUCCAUCUCGGGAAAUGCAGCCAAACUUCUGUGCAGUUGGGAUUUCAGCAUAACGAGUCAAAAAAUUGUGAAACUGAGACAAAAAAGUUUAAGCACCCAAAUAAAGGAAACUCUUUCAGACAAACUAAUGGAGGACCUGACACUUACUCUGAAUCAGAAAAUCGCUCGUUUUUUUCUUCACGUGACUGCGUGGCUUUUGUGCAUUGGAACGGCAGCGGGCUGCUGCGCCGGCGUUUAUUUCCUUUGUGAUUAUGUAUCAAUGAACACCUACCCAACUGCGCUGACAGAGCAAGCGGCCACCCUGCAGGUUCCUAUAGUAGUUUCGAUCAUUAAUGUUGUCGUCCCUCUCCUGUACUCCUUGUAUGGACGAAUUGAAAGCUACAAGUACCCUCGUCAUCAGAUCUACGUGGUGAUUUUAAGGAAUGUGCUUCUGAAAAUGUCAAUUAUUGGGAUCCUAUGCUACUUCUGGCUGCAUUCUGUUGCUGAAUCUCAAGGAAAGUGCUGGGAGUCUGUUGUUGGACAAGAGAUUUAUCGGCUGGUGGUGAUCGAUUUCAUAUUUGCAUUAAUAGGUUCCUUCUUUGGGGAGUUCAUAAGAAGAAUUAUUGGGACUCACUGCUGUAAAAAACUGGGAGUGCCAGAAUUUGACAUUGCCACAAAUGUAUUAGAUCUCAUCUAUGCACAGACGUUAGCUUGGAUUGGGAUUUUCUUCUCCCCUCUGCUCCCCAUCAUUCAGAUGAUAAAACUUUUCAUAAUAUUUUAUGUGAAAAAGGUGAGUCUGAUGAAGAACUGUACGCCCCCACGCAGAGUCUGGCGAGCUUCUCAAAUGACAACGGUUUUUAUCUUUCUCCUGUUUUUCCCUUCAUUCACUGGAGUCCUUUGUGUCAUUGCAGUCACGGUGUGGAGACGCACACCUUCCCAACUGUGUGGUCCCUUCCGAGAAUUACAGACUCCGUUUGAUUCCAUCACCCGUUGGAUAUCUACUAUAUCGAUCCAUGAGAAUUUGUUGUGGGUCGUCUGGAUUUAUAAAAACAUAAUUGAAAGUGUUCUGUUUUAUUACAUCUUGACCAUGAUCGUCUUAAUUAUCUCAUACCUUUACUGGCAAAUUGUACAAGGCCAGAAAGAAAUGGUUAAAAUUCUACUUGAGCAGAUCGCCAAUGAAGGAAAAGAUAAAGCAUUUUUGCUUAAAGAAAUGGCCAGAACGCAGCGUCCGAACAAAACACAGCCUUUCAUCCCGUACAAGGAAUAUCAACUAAAAAAGUUAAACAACAGUGAAGUACCACUCGGGAUCCGCAUUGCUGGUCCAGAGCGGAAAAUGCUGUUGAUCAAAGCGACAGUAAUAGUCACAUGUGGAACUAGUGCUGCUGAUUGGAUCAACAACGGUCUCUGCUUGGAACCAGCAGUGUCUGGGGUAAACACACAACGCACACCUUCCCAACUGUGUGGUCCCUUCCGAGAAUUACAGACUCCGUUUGAUUCCAUCACCCGUUGGAUAUCUACUAUAUCGAUCCAUGAGAAUUUGUUGUGGGUCGUCUGGAUUUAUAAAAACAUAAUUGAAAGUGUUCUGUUUUAUUACAUCUUGACCAUGAUCGUCUUAAUUAUCUCAUACCUUUACUGGCAAAUUGUACAAGGUCAGAAAGAAAUGGUUAAAAUUCUACUUGAGCAGAUCGCCAAUGAAGGAAAAGAUAAAGCAUUUUUGCUUAAAGAAAUGGCCAGAACGCAGCGUCCGAACAAAACACAGCCUUUCAUCCCGUACAAGGAAUAUCAACUAAAAGAUCAACCUUCAAAUAAGUCACAAAAUCUGCAGUUUACAGAUGAAACCUCAACACAAAGGCCAUUAAGGGCAAGAUCUAGCGAAUCACACGCUGCGGGGAUCCCUAUGAUGCAGAGACAACAAGCAGAGGAACACGAUUCUCCAUCCCUGAGUGGUGGAGUCUCCAGAGAAAGCUCUAGAACGUCUGAUGCUAAAGCCAUGGUGCUCAGAGCAAGACAACAGGCUGACAUGGAAAGAAGUUUAGGCAACACCAGGCCUGGUAACUCCGAUGCUCUGGAGAUGGUGAGAAGAGCGAGGCUGGAAGCUGAAAUGGACAGGGGACCACAUUAG